UAGGGCAACAAGUAUUUUUAUUCUUAAUUAUCUAAAAUAGUGCAAAGGAUAGAAAUCACUUGUUGAUACUUGCAUUAUUUAAUAAAAAAAAAUCAAAUAAUGUAAAAAAUCUAAAACUACUUAGAUUAUAAAAAUAUUUACAUGUUUAUUUAUUAAAACCAAUUAAAAACAUUGCAAGAGAGGUAGAUGUAUGCAUAGGCAAUCAAGUCCAUCCAUUACCCAAUCUAUAUAACAAAGAAACUUAGAUAUAAGACAAAGAAACCUUCUCAUUGAUCAAAAUAAAAGGAAUCUUCAACUAGCAAAAAGCCCUGAAUAACCUGCAAAACGACCUCCAGUUAGUGUGCAACGUUUCUAUGCACAAAUGCACUGAUUUCCGCUAGUUUUAAGUCAAAACGACAGUGUAUGAAAAUUGUAUGAGAAGAAUUGAGAAUUGUGGUCAAAUGUUGGUGGGAGCACGAAACAAGAGAAUGUAUCCCGUGAAUACUUCCUGACUGAGAGGGUCCACCCUAUCACGCCGACAGUAGGUCGAGGAGUCGCAUUAGCAUGCCAACGCCGAGAGUUGUGUGAGUGGCAGCGUCACAGACCUGGCUGCCAAUUUUGAAGCUCAGAUGUGUGAGGUCCGAUGAGGACUGAUUGCAACGCAGCUGCUUCUACUCCAGGAUUAGCAACAACUCAAAGGGCUUAAAAACAGCUAAAACCCCCCUCCCCACAAACCUGCACUGCGUCCUAUGGAAGACAUUUUGCUGUGUGGCUCUCCGCUGCUCAAUUCUUGUAUGCUGGCUGUACCCAGGAAAAAUUAGUUGAGAACUGGACAUUACUGAAAGGCUUUACUAGGGGUCUCAAGUCGCCGUUCUGCUGUGAUUUUCAUCAUCAUCAUCAUUAGCCAUUCUUGAGUUGAGUGGUAAAUGAUUCUUGACUUCAAAAUAUCUUCUCUUGCAGGAAAGGUUAAGCUUUCCAGAAGCCAGCUUCUGGAGCUUGUGAAAAUGAACGGAGAGAGGUAUGUCGGAGUAGCGCUGGAUUACUCACCAAGAGGCAGGUACGCUCUGCAGUGGGCUGUGGAUAACACCCUUCGGGGAAACGAUCACCUCAUUGAUGUGGUUGUGAACAAGGAUGGACUCGAAGCUGGUCCAGCAGCUCUUUGGGAAGCUUCUGGCACUCGUUUCAUCCCAUUAGCCGCUGCAGAGAGCCCACACAAUCAACACGCAUACCACCUGAAGAUUGAUGAGGAAGUAACAAAGACGCUACAUGAAGCAGAAGCAAAGAAGAUCGUCGUGGUCUCUAAGCUAUACUGGGUAGACCCGAAGGAGAUGAUUUGCAAUGCUAUUGUCGAUGUCCCGCUCGAUCACCUCAUUAAGGGAUGCCGAGGCCACAGCAAGCUCAAAAGGAGCAUCAUGGGGAGUGUCAGCAACUACGUCUCGAAUAACGUGCCCUGUCCUUUCACCAUUGUCAUACUGCCACCUAGCUAAGGAAAGGCGGUUUUAGGUUCUGCAUUUUUUCAUGUUCAUUUUUAUGUUUACUCUUUGUCUAAGGUAUAGAACACAUUUUUGAUAACUUAAGCAUUUCAGCAUAUAUUCAGUAGGUGUAAAAAUUGAAAAAAUAAAAAAAUACAAAAAUAAAAAAAUCUCCAUGUAGUGAAAUAGAAAUCAAGAGGAUUCCAAGUGUUUUCACACAAUUUGGCCCAUAAAUGGAUUUUAUAUAAAUGUUUUAAUCCAUUGUGGACAUAAAAGCCUACCUAAUUCCAACUAGUGGUGGGUUACAAAACUAAAAAUCUAACUUUUGGCACCUAUUAAUGCUAUUAAGAGAAGUGUGGCACCUAGUUAUAUUAUUAUUCUACUCAAAUCAAUCAACAACUUCUGUUUAUUGAUAGUUCAUGCUAAUCCAUUCUGAGUACAAUGAAUUUUAUUUAUUGCUCAUGGUUUAACAUUGUUUUAACCAGUCCACGAC